AUGGUUGAAAAUCUUAAUAAUAUUAAUGAAGUUGUUAAGCACACUUCAUUAAAAGAAACAAAACAUGAAGUUGAAGUUAAACUUGUUGAUGAAGACGAACCUUUAUUAUCUGUAGCAACGUUUGAACAAUUAAAUUUACCACAAAAUAUGAUUGGUCAAUCACAAUCUGGUACUGGCACUUUGUUUGACACCUCAAGAGAAUUAGCUCAUCAAAUUAUGACAGAAGUUAGAAAAAUGGGUAAAUACACAUCAGUGGUCACUGCUGAAGCUAUUCGAGAAUCUCAACAUAGAGUAACUAAAACAAGACUGGGUGAAUUUCACGGUGUUCAAUUGAUAGUUGGUACACCUGGUACAGCUGAUAAUAUGUUGGAUCAACAAGGUCUAGGAGAUCAAAGUAUAAGGAUAAAAAAGUUUGCACCAAAUGUAAAUGAAUUUAGUUUAAAAGUCGAGGAAUUAUCUGUUAUAUCAAUCAAACAAUUUUAUGUGGAUUGUACAAAUGAUGAUCAUAAAGUUAUUGUAUUAGAUGUAUUAGAUAAAUUAUAUUCCUUAUUAACAAUUAGUCAAAGUAUAAUCUUUGUUCAGAAACGUGAAACUGCUGAUAGAAUAGCAAGGUUGAUAACAGAAAGAAAUCGUAGAGUUAUCAAUCUUCACAUUGGACUAUCAACUAUUGAAAGAGAUCAAGUGAUGGAUGAUUUUCAGUCAGGCAGUGCCAAAGUAUUGAUUACAACAAAUGUCUUGGCACAUGGAAUAGAUGUGUUACAAGUGAAUUUGGUGAUUAAUUAUGAUCUACCAGUUGAUUAUAGUGGUAGAAAUCCUGAUUAUGAGACUUAUUUACAUACAUCAUAUCGGCCGUGCUGGUAG